GCCCUGGCCCCCCGCUGCCUGCAGGUGCCCCCUUCCUCCAAGGAGGGGUCCCAACACCUUGAGUGGGCUCCCGGGACGCCCGGCAACCGCUUCCAAGCAUGAGGGCAGGAGAGGACAGCGGUAAAGGAAUGAACAAGGCUCUGGGAAAAGCUUUGCAAGUCCGAGUUGCAAUUUCUGAACAAUUCUGUCCAGGUGACUGUGUCCAGGUUAUGACGACUAAUCCAAAGCCAAACAAAGCAUUUAAGGUCAAGGAGGAGUCGGGAGAAAACGCCCCGGUGCUGAGCGAUGAUGAACUCGUGUCGAUGUCUGUGCGGGAGUUGAACCAGCACCUGCGAGGUCUCACCAAAGAGGAGGUGAUUCGCUUGAAGCAACGGCGGCGGACGCUCAAGAACCGGGGCUACGCGGCCAGCUGCCGGAUCAAGCGGGUGACGCAGAAGGAGGAACUGGAGAGGCAGCGGGUGGAGCUGCAGCAGGAAGUGGAGAAGCUGGCUCGGGAGAACAGCAGCAUGAAAUUGGAGCUGGAUGCCUUGCGCUCCAAGUACGAAGCCCUGCAGACCUUCGCGCGCACCGUGGCCCGCGGCCCCAUCACCCCCACCAAAGUGGCCACCACCAGCGUCAUCACCAUCGUCAAGUCCGCCGAAAUCUCCUCCAGCUCCGUGCCGUUCUCGGCGGCGUCCUAAUGUCCAAGGAGAGAGAACUCGCUGCCUGGCUGGAGGAGGGGACUCGGCAGAGCCCGCUUCUCCUUCCCUCGAAUCAGACGUCCGCCUUCCCCCUCCCCCCGAAAGGGAGCUGGCCAGCCACGUAGCGGCAGGCUCUCCGAAGGGGAAGUGAACUGGCGGCUUUACCUCUUGCUCAGUAAGCCCUUCGGGGGCUGAAAUUGAAAUUCCACGUCUAGCCCUGCCGGAAUCCGACGGAGGCGCCUCGCACAGCUCUCUCUUCCUCGCUGGUCUUCGUUUAAGCCCCAGUCGACAUGAGGUAUCGAAGGAACGGGCGCUCGGCGAAAAUUUCAAACGGAUAACAUGGUAGAAUCGUCAGGCCACGGGAUAAAAAAACAACCCCUCUUCCUCUAGUUAGGAAAGAAAAAGUAAAAG